AUCCCCAUUCUGGAUAUUUCUAAGAUUUCAUAUACAAUAACAUCCACUCACUAUCUUCACGUUUUCCUUUCAUUGGUCUUUUCUAUGUUGUCACAUGCUUUUGCCCCACUCACAUGAUGCCAUUGUCGCAUCAUCUACAAUUUUACCUAUAUAAUACUACUAAUAAAUGCAUAUGGUACAUUAUUAUAGCACUUACUUUGUUGUCUUCUGUUUCAGUUUUUUUUUGUGCAAAACCAUGGCUAGCAGAAAUAAAGAGAGGGAGGAGAAAGAUAUUGAGUUUAUGUUUAACGAGGAUGUAGAGGAGGAACAUGAUAUUGAAACUGUGAAGGUAGAAUCUGACAGUGGUAGCAGUGAUGAUCAUUACGAUGACGAUGAUGAUGACGGAAAUCAUGCAUUUCAACCUCACUCUUUCACUUCCAAUCAAUGGCCUCAAAGUUACAAAGAGACUACAGAUUCUUACACAAUUGCUACUGCUCCAAGUUUUGGAUCGUUUCUACGAGCACCGAGUUUUAUAUAUUCAAGCUUUGGCAAUCGAUCGAAGAGUAACUUGGACAUAGAUGGAAAAUCUCCGUUUCUAUCCAGUCAUGAGAAAGGCUCAAUGCAAAAUCUUGCUGGAGAAAUGCCUAUUGGUCAUGGUUGCAGCUUAACUCAAACAAUUUUCAAUGCGAUUAAUGUGAUGGCUGGAGUUGGCCUUAUAUCGGUACCUUAUACAUUGAAACAAGCCGGUUGGGCAAGCAUGUUGGUGAUGACUCUUUUCGCAGUUGUUUGUUGUUAUACAGCCAUGCUUAUGAGACAGUGUUUUGAAAGUAGAGAAGGACUCACUAGCUACCCUGAUAUAGGAGAAGCUGCAUUUGGUAGAUAUGGCCGAAUUUUCGUAUCCAUCAUUUUGUACACUGAGUUAUACUCAUAUUGUGUGGAAUUCAUCACUUUGGAAGGAGAUAACCUCACUAGUCUGUUUCCUGGAACAUCGUUAGAUUUAGGAGGUCUGCAUUUAGAUUCCAUGCACUUGUUUGGAGUUAUUACUGCACUUAUUGUUCUCCCUACGGUUUGGUUGAAGGAUCUCCGAGUAAUCUCGUAUCUAUCAGUUGGAGGGAUUGUAGCAACAAUAUUGAUUAUUAUUUGUGUGUUAUCGGUCGGGACAACGGUUGGAUUCCAUCAUACUGGUCAAGUAGUGAAUUGGAGUGGCAUUCCAUUUUCUAUUGGUGUCUAUGGGUUUUGCUUUGCAGGACAUUCAGUUUUUCCGAAUAUAUACCAGUCUAUGGCUAACAAAAAACAGUAUACCACAGCAUUGAUAACAUGUUUUGCUCUGUGUAUUUUGAUAUACGGAAGCGUUGCAAUCAUGGGAUUUCUCACAUUUGGCGAUAGCACUUUGUCUCAGAUAACAUUGAAUAUGCCUGCAGGUGCAUUUGCUUCCAAAGUUGCAUUAUGGACAACAGUAAUUAACCCAUUCACUAAAUAUGCUUUGUUGAUGAAUCCAUUGGCAAGGUGUCUAGAGGAAUUGCUGCCAGAAAGAAUUUCAAGUACUUAUUGGUGUUUUAUUCUUCUUAGAACAGUACUUGUGGCAUCUACGGUUUGUGCGGCUUUUCUGAUUCCGUUUUUCGGACUUGUGAUGGCUCUGAUCGGUUCUCUCUUCAGUAUGCUUGUGUCAGUGAUUAUGCCCAGUUUAUGCUUUUUAAAAAUUGUGGGGAAAAAGGCUACAAAUACACAGGUUACCGUGAGCAUCAUAAUUGCUGCAGCUGGAAUGAUUUGUGGACUCCUUGGAACAUAUUCAUCUUUGCUGAAUAUUGCCAAUAGUUACUAAAACAGAUAACAUCUUCAUGAUCGAGAGAGUUUAUGCUUAAGUUUUUAAAUUUAUUUUUUUCAUUUUAAGCUCUGUCUAAUUUAAAUUAGCACCUGCACUGACUAAUAAUUGGUUGGUGUGACUCUUUUACUUAUUAUUGUUGACAGAGUUAAAUUCAUAAUAUGUUGUGAUAUAGUGUAUGAACAGCUUGUAAGUUUACUUAAGAGUUGAUCUCUUUGAAGAACCAAUGGCCUACAAUGUUAAAGGUAUCUAAGUAUCUUAGAUGAUACGUUGAUUGAGGGGUAGGAAAAGUCAAACAAAUAUUUGGGUUAUCAACGCAAACAUUAAGGGUGUGUUUGGAUGAGAGAAGAAGUUGUAAAGAGAGAAAUAGGUGAAAAAGAGUGUGAAAAGAGAGAAGUAUGAGAGAAGUAGAGUAGAUUUGAUAUAUUGAUCGGUAGAAGAGAAAGAAA